CCUCCCCUCCGGGAGCGGAAGUAGGGCAGGCGGACGUGCUUUGAACGUCUGAGGUCACUUCCGGACCUCGGAACGUUUCAAGAUGGCGGCUUCAUUGUUGAGACAUGUGGGUCAGCGCUGCCUGUGGACUCGGCUCGGCCCCAGCCUUUCUGUGCGACACGUGGUCCCCAUGGGAACAACAGCGAAGGAGGAGAUGGCUCAAUUUUGGGAUAAAAACAGCCAGUCAAACCGUCCCAUGUCCCCUCAUAUCACCAUCUACAAGUGGUCUCUGCCCAUGAUGAUGUCCAUCGGCCACCGUGGCACUGGUGUUGCAAUGAGUGCAGGGGUGUCUCUCUUUGGUCUGGCUGCCUUGAUUCUCCCGGAACAGUUCCCCUAUUACCUGGCAUUUGUGAAGUCGCUCAGUCUGGGGCCUGCUCUUAUCUACUCUGCUAAGUUUGCUUUGGCUUUCCCCCUCACCUACCACACCUGGAACGGAAUCCGACACCUUAUGUGGGACAUGGGAAAAGGAUUUAAGAUUCCCCAAGUCUACCAGUCUGGAGUCCUGGUCCUGGUCUUGACCCUACUUUCCUCCGCUGGACUCGCAGCCAUGUGAAGGCACCUCCCUUCUCCUACAAGGAUUUGAUUCAUCUGGUGAUCUGGUCCAGACAGAGCUCUGUGUGUGUGUGUGUGUGUGUGGUGGGGGGGGGGGAGGGCAGGAGGGACUAGAGACUCCUAGAUAACUAAAUUGUUGGGGCAAGAUGGUGCUUUCCGCUCUUUGUAAAGCAUGUGACUGAUCAGAGUUUGCUUAUUACUAGCCCUGAGUGAUGUGCUGUCUCCAGCUAUCCUAGCCCAGCGAGAUCCCAGAACACCCUUCCAGAAUGCCACGGGCAGGAGUCCCAGUCCAGGAUGUUCAAGACUCUAGGUAGCCACAAGCAGCUGGUAACUGACAGCUGAUUAGCAGUUGAUUCUUAUCCACCUAGAGCAUGCUCAGAGGAGCUGCCUUCCUUAAUUCAUUGCUGUUCUUUCAAAUUAACUCUGGUUCACUUGCUUUCUGCUCUGCCCUGAAGCUUGAGACAAUACUGGCACUGUGUGCCCCCUCACUGGGCCUGAGCGGGGUUGGGGGAGGAGAGGCGAGUGCCUCUAGCCUAGCGUCUGUGUGUAGGCUCAUGUGAAAGACAACUGUCCCCAUUGAUGCUGGCGCUGGUUCUAGGGCAAGCACAGACUGAGCCGCCGACGCCAGUAAGGGGAAUAUGGAAUUUGGUGCUGUCCUGGGUAAAAUGCCUAACUGCUGGAAUCUGGCUUUCUGCUGCAGUCAGCAUCCUGUGGGCUUUACAGUGGGGAGAGGGGCAGCCUGUAGCGGGCCCAGUGCUUGGGGGCUGGGCAUAUUGAGUUCAAAGCACUCUGUGCAGCAGCUCACAACUCUUCCAGCAGAUCAAGGAUAAGCACCCGUAUAUUUUUGGAGGCGUCAAUCAAAUCUGUAUUUUUUUUUUUCCUUCUGAAAAUAAAUCUGUUCUUUGAACCUUUUGGAUGACUGCCAAUGCCACGGUCUCCCCCUCACUGUGCACUGUCACUCCGGCCCGUGUGUUUGUAACAGACCCACCCUCCCCAGUAAAGCGGACUUUGCUCUUUCACACCGCA